GCGCAUCGGCGGGCGCUCAAAAAGUUAAAAUAAUAAUAAACAAUAUACCAAGUAGCUAAUAACGAGUGCCGCGGGAAACGUGCAGUGCGAAUAAGAUGAGCCCACGCAAAAUUAACCGCCCGAACAGAUGAAAUCGAGAGUAGCGUCCUCGUCGGCGUCGCAAAUAUUGUGCUUUGAACAUGAAAACGAGUGCUAAAAAUAUAAAACAACAACAAUUGGCACUGCGUAGAAAAGCCAAUUAAAUAAUAGAGCAUCCGUUGUCUGGUUUUAAAGCGAAAGGAAAAAACCCCUGAUAUUUGCGAAAAACUCAAUAUUAAACCAGCUGCUUGUCGCGCGUGCCACCCUUUUGACGUCACAGCGCCGUCAGCUGCAGAACAAACUCUUCCACGGGUGGUGGUGCACCAUGACGUACCAGUGACGCGCAGCUCACCUACCCUACUACCCCAAUAGUACCUGAAUAUAGAGUGCAUUAGUCGCAAUGGAUAGUUCUAUGUACUACGCAAAGGACAAUAAUGUGGCCAACACCACAGAGGCGGCAGCGUUCAUGGAGGCCGUCGCCACGACGGUCAGGGCCAAUGCCACGCCACGCGUCGACGAUGGCGGUGUAUCCAUGAACAAUUUCUAUCCGGCAUUGGUUCAGUGUUUUGGCAUCAUCAUAUGCGGUUACAUUGCCGGACGCUUCAAGAUCAUCAGCAAUGCGGAAACCAAGGGACUGGGCACCUUUGUGGGCACCUUUGCCCUGCCCUCGCUCAUCUUCCUGUCGCUGGUGGAACUCAACUGGAGUGCCGUCAACUGGAGCUUCCUCCUGGCGAUGCUGGUGUCCAAGGCGAUUGUCUUCUUUUCGGUGCUGAUCAUUUCCCUGCUGGUGGCGAGGCCGCUCAACUAUGCCCGCGGCGGUUUGAUGGCCAUUUUCUGUACGCAGAGCAAUGAUUUUGCCAUCGGCUAUCCCAUAGUUAUGGCUCUGUACAAGGAUGUGCAUCCGGAAUAUGCCGCGUAUCUGUAUUUGAUGGCACCCAUUUCGCUGGCCAUACUCAAUCCCAUUGGUUUGGUGCUCAUGGAGAUCUCCAAGAUAAUCAAGAACAAGGAGGAGGCGACCCGCAAUCCCCCACUGUGUCCGGAAACCUGUCCAGCCGAGCAAAUGGCCAAACGGAAUAGAUGCUUCGGCGACCGUGCCAUACUGGUGUUCAACACCAUUGUGGCACUGUUCUUCAAUCCACUGCUGUUGAUGACCCUGCUGGGCGUGGCCGGGGGAUUUCUUUUCCCCCAUGGCCUGCCCGAAAUGGUAUCCAGCACGCUGCGCACGCUCGGACAGAGCUUCUCGGCCACUGCCUUGUUUCUGCUCGGCCUGAAGAUUGUCGGUGGCCGGGGAACAGAGAACAAGAGCAUUGGGUUCCUAUUGCCUGGCGUCCUCAUUCUAGUCAAGAUAUUGGUGCUGCCCUUGGUGAUCCGGCAGACGGUGAACAUCAUGCAGGCGGGCCAGAACUUCAAUGACACCACGGAGCUGAGCACUUUCGGCUUUCUCUAUGGCACCUUUCCCGCUGCCCCGGGCGCCUUUGUCAUUGCCACGCAGUACAACAUGGAAGUGGAAUUGGUUGCUCGCAGUAUGGUCUUUUGCACGUUCAUCUCAGCGCCUCUCAUGUUCAUAUCCGCCAAAAUGAUAUCGCUGACGAAUCUAAAGCCUCUGGAUUAUCUGCACGAGCUGGACGCCUUCUCGUUUGACAUUAGCAUUGCCGGGGCAGCCGCCUGCUGCUGCAUGCUGACCCUGAUGAUUGUCACAAAGCGCUUUAAGCGCAUGCCGCAGCGAAUUACCUUCUGUCUGGUGCUGUCUCAGCUCAUGUGCUGCAUUGGGGUUAUACUGUGGUCCAAGAUGGAGCAUGUGCCACGCUGGCCCUUGUAUCUGCAGUUCUUUUUGUUCAACAUUGGCACCUACAGCACUCGCCUGUGGACGGCUCUGUUGGCCAUCUCCCUGCUCUUUCUGCAGUGCCGCAGCCUGUGUUUUGUGCUCAAAAUGUGGCCCUAUAUGUUGGUGUUCGCUUGGGGCGUGCCGGCCAUAAUUUCGGGUCUCCUGGUGGCCUUCGACUCGAAUGUGAUGUCGGGAGAGAAACAUCAUCCCAGCUUUCAAUAUGGAAAUGCUCAGGCAGCCAUCGCUGUUUUUAUGCUAGUCAUGUGCUUUAUAGUGACUGUCGGUUGCUUGGUGCUGCAUCAGCGGUACAAGAAACGCUACGAGAAGUUCAUGACCUAUUCACGUGAGCUGUCGAAUCCAGAGUCGGAAUCUUCAGAUUUGCAUUCGACCAUAUCCACAACCAAUUUGCUGAGCCACACAGAUCGAACCUCGCUAAGGCAGAGCGUGCGCACUGCUUCAUAUUCGUCCUCGUCGGACGAUGAUGAAAUGAUACCCACAGCCGCGGGAGUGCCAGCGAACAGAGCCAAUAGCAGUGGAGGCUGUGGCUCGGGCAAUGGCAAUUGCUGUUCCGGAGGAAGUGCCGUGACGACCCCAACAACAACCAGCACUGUGGUGGUCGACAUUGAGGAUCUGUUGAGUCGCAAUCGUCAGCGACCGAAUGCUGUUAAUCCCAAAGAUCUGGACAAAAUCGAAACCGAACCAGCCACAACAGAAGAGAUACGCAGUCACAUGUGCAGCAGUUCGUUCAACUGCGGACCGAGCACUUCGCGACAAAGCUGUCAGACGAUUAUCGAACGGUAUGAGGAUCAGACACGACGCGGACUCGAACCGCUGGAGCAAACAAGCGACUCGGACGAGCAUCAGACGCUGAAGCACACCGUCCUGCUGAUUGCUCUGCUGUGCUCCAUGUUUGUGGGCCUGGCCGUGUCCAUUUGGACAUUGGUGAUGGAGGGCAUGUCGGGCAUCUAUCUGGAGCUGAGUUUCCUCGACGCUUUCCUCAAUUUCGGCCAGGGUCUCAUCGUCUUGGCUGUGUUCAUAACGGACAUGGGAGAGCUGCUCAUGCCAGUGGUCAAGCUCUGGCGGAAGUUAUGGUAUGGAGCGAAUGUCGUCAGCCUGCCGCACUGGUCGAAUGUUCGUCCCGAAACGAAGACCAUUUGCGAACAGUUUCGCAAUCAUCAUUUGGAGAACUGCAAGAAGGACAUUGCCAAGGACAGAAGGUGGCGCAUUCGUGUCUACCGCAAGGUGUUCUAUGGCAGCGAAUUUGUCAGCUGGCUCAUCGAGGUGGGCCUCUCCAAGGACCGCAUGGAGGCGGUGCACUAUGCCCGGCAUCUGGUCGACGGCCGGGUACUGCGCCACAUCAACAACGUCUAUCAUUUCGAGGAUAAGCUGCUGCUCUACAACUUUUGCAGUCGCAUCUAAAAGGCAAAGCCACAAAAAGAUGAAGCAACUACGCCAAAUUUAGUUCGAUUUUUGUUUAGUUUUCUGUAUGUUUUGUAGGUAAUUUUGUCUGCUGUGAUUGUAUGCGAGCCCCGCACACACACGUGCCCACACACAUCACAGCCUAGUGUGUGUGGGCGGGCGUGUGACAGAGAGAGAGCGUAAGAGAAGAAGAGAGGAAGAGCUAGUGAAAUGUUUAUAAUGUCCAAGUUUUUUUUUUUAUGUUUAUUCACUAAGUAGCUGCCUCGGGUCGCCCAGCUCGAGCUAUAUGUAGGCUAUAUAGUGCAAUAUAGAAUACAGAAUGACGUAGCGGAGGAAGAAGUAUACAGAUACGAGAAGAAAGUUUCCUAAUCUAAACCCAAAAAGAAUAGAAAAACAACGAUAUCCUUGUCACAAACAAGUGAAAACUGUGCAUAAAACGUUUGUGGAUGAUCACCAAAGCUAUAAACGAAUCUAAUAUAUAUUUAAUAUUAUAUACCUAUAUAUAUAUAUACGUACCUGUAGUAUAGUGUAAACCCAUCCCAUGAAUAAAUACAUGUAUA